CCAGGACUUUGGCCCCUAGAUAUAGCUGUGUCCGGUGAGAGAUGCUGCUCCAGCACCAGACGACAGGAAGGCAGAGCCAGAGCGACCGAGCCACCGAGCCUCUCCUCCUCCGCAGCUGUUGUCAGGAAGAGCACGAUGCAGUCGUUCAGCCUGAGGAAGACUCAGUCCCUGAAGGUUCUGUCGGAGCCUCAGGAAAGGUCAUGGGUCACGCCGGCUUCAGCCGGCUGGAACAGGAAGUCUGUCUCUCAGCUGGUCCAACAGUACCAAGGCGGUGCCGCCCCGAGGAGUCCAGAAGGAGCAGGGGGAGCACCUGAGGUCUCAGAGAGCUGGGUGGGUGAGGGGUGGAGGAGGCCGGACGGCCGGGAGAGCGAGGCGCUGUGGAGAUCAGGAAAAGGCUGCACGCUGUCCCGGAGUCGCUCCAUGGAAGUCCUGCCUCAGAGAGAGCCGGCCGGCACCAGAGCUCUGUGUGCCUUGUUUGAGUCCAAGGCCGGUCUGGAGAAGAGCUGUGACAGCAGUCCUGGACUGAGCAGCGUGCCUGCAGCCAGCAGUAAGAAGAGGAAAGACCGCCCCCUAGAGGAUCCCAAACAUCACAACACGCCUCGAAAAGAGGCCCCCAAUCAGAGAACGACACAGGUGCAUGGUGGGAAAGUUAUGAAUGGACGCCCGGAGUCUCCCGGCAGAGCAGCGAGAGGAACACACGAUGACAAAUAUAGUCCAUCAUCAGUGAACAAGGGGGGCACCCCAGUGGGACAAACCAGGGACAGGACAUCUACUCCCUCCUCGCUGAGAGACAGAUCGGCGCUCUAUCUGUCCAGAGCAGCAGCGAGCGACUCCUCAGGGGGCUCAACACCGCCAGAAUCCAUCGCUACUCCGACAACGAGAACUAAAAACACUAAGAUGGCUGAUGCAGCCAGGAAAAUCACAGUUUUACAGUCAACUCAUGAGGAAGAUGACCUCCCGCUACCCCCACCUCCUGUACCACCGAGACCCCUCGACUAUGAAGGACUCAUAGCAUUGAGCAGCCUCCCUGCACCUCCACCUAAGGAAACUUUCUCCAUCUUCUACCAGCAGCGGCAGAAGAGUGAGCUGAAGAGGCUCUUUAAACACAUCCACCCUGACCUAAGGGCUGGUUUCGAUGAUGCGAUAGAUGACGACAUCAUGAGAGCAGUGCAGUCAGAGACUAACCAGGCUGCAGACACAGCUUAUCAGGGUGAAGUGCAGUCAAUGAGGUGGAUCUUUGAGAACUGGAAUCUGGAGAACAUUGGAGAUCCUCAUGAUACCAAAAAGCUUCUGGAUGAUGAGGAGCUAAAAGGCGGAGAUGUCAGAAGCACCUCCUCGAUGUUUGAGCACAUGGACGGCACCCAACACAUGCCUGCUACACGACAGACAUCCGUAAGAGGGGAUGUGAGAACAUCAACGUGGUUGUUUGAGACCCAGCCCUUAGACUCCCUCAACAAGUCAGAAGCGGACGAGGGUGAACUGGUGGAGGCAGUUCUGAAAGAACCGAUCCAGCCCGGUGAUGUAAGAGGGACUCGGCUGCUUUUUGAGUCUAAACCACUGGGUGACUUGGGACGCUGCAAUUCCUUUGAAGACCACAGCUUCCUGAAACUGAAAUCUGAGCUUCAGGAGCAGAAAGGAGACGUUCAGAAGACUGUGAAAGUGUUCCAGGCUGAACCUUGCUGCGCCAUCAAAGACAACAGUGGCAAUAUCCACGAGAUCAAGUCAAUCUGCAGGGAGGAGAUUAACAGUGGCAAAACCAGCACUGCCCGUUGGCUUUUUGAAACUCAGCCUUUGGACAUGAUAAAUAAGGGGAGUGAGGGCGUGAAGAUAAUUCGGGGUAUAUCUCUGGAGGAAGGGAACAGAGGAGGUGUUGAACGAAAAAGGUGGAUGUUCGAAACUCAGCCAUUUGACACAAUACAAGAGAUUACAGGAGUAGACAAGCUUGAAACAAAGGCUGCUGACUACACAGGAGAGGCUGAUGUCAUCAACAAAAGGAUGCUCUUCGAGAUUCAGCCCUUGGCAACUCUGAAAGGAGAUUCUCCAGAAAGGUCUGUGGAAAAGGAAGAAAUAAUUGGGGGAGAUGUCAAGACAUCUAUGUGGCUGUUUGAAACUCAGCCCAUGCACACUCUUAGUGACAGCUACGAAGUUGGGCACCUGCAAAAGAUUAGCCUUUCAGCUGAAGAGUUAGGAGAAGUUAAAGGCAAAAAACAGCUUUUUGAGAGUUGUGGUUUCCGAACCAACUACUUAUUAAAAGAACAAGAGAUCGAAAGGGGGGACGUCAAGAGAUUCAAACAAGUCUUUGAGACAAUUCCUUUGAGCAAAAUUGCUCAUUCUGAGGAGAAGAUUAGUGAGAGUGAAAGUAGUGUCACAGGUGGAAAUGUCAAAGGUUACAAGGCAAUGUUUGAGACGACUCCUUUGUAUGCAAUAAAGGACAGCUCCGGAAAUCUCCAUGAGGUUACAACAGUCAGCCGAGAGGAAUUAAUCAAUACAAAUGUCAAAAACUACAAGUGGAUGUUUGAAACCAAGCCUCUGGACCAGUUGGUGGAAGGAAAAGGAAACGUUGAAGUAAUCAAAGGAAUCACCAGGCAGGAGGACUGCUCAGGCGAUGUCAAGAUGGCAAAGUGGCUUUUUGAAACCCAGACAAUGGAUGGGAUCCACUGCAAGUUCAAUCAGAGAGAGAAUAAGUCCUCUGUGGAAGAGGGGACUUGUAGAGGUGACGUCAAGACCUGCAAAUGGUUAUUUGAAACACAGCCGAUGGAUGUUGUGCAUGACAAACUGGAGAAAUCAAAGGAUGAAGAAAUAAUUGACAAAACCAAUGUCAAGUCCAUUACUUGGCUUUUUGAGUCACAGCCUCUAGACAUCAUUCAAGAUGGGGAGCCGUUCAACUUGAAGCUAUGCAGCACCAUACAGGAUUCUUCUAAAUCAGAGAUUGGUGUUCAAACUGUCACACACCUGUUUGAAACAGAAACCUUGGACAGAAUAAGUAAGAAUUCAGAUGCUCAACAAGGUUCGAGAUGCAUCAGCCAGGUCAAUUUUCAGUCUGGAGAUGUCUCACGGGUUAAAGAACUUUUUGAGUCUCAGUCACUAGAUGAAAUAGGAUCAGAAAUUGUGACAUCUGAGGGACAGAACCAAGACAACCAAAUCGAGAAAGGUUCGGUGCAUAAAUUCUCCUGGAUGUUUGAGAAUUGUCCCAUGAACCUGAUCAAUAAGGACCUUGGUGAUGCAAGCAUGCAAAACGUUGAAGGUCUUGAGAGUGGUGACGUACACAACAAGAAGUUCAUAUUUCAAACUUCGUCAUUGGACAAAAUACAGGAGGAACCCAUGGAGCAGACGUCGGGCUCUGUGGAGGAACCUGUGGGCAAUGUUGACGUGAAGUCAAGCACCAUGAUGUUUGAGUCCCUGCCAUUGUAUGCCAUCAGAGACAAGGAGGGUCAGUUUCAUGAGGUGACCACCGUAAAAAAAGAAGAGGUCAUGAGCAGCGAUGUAAGAGGGGCAAGGUGGAUGUUUGAGACAAAACCGCUCGACGCCAUCAAGGCAGAGAAUGAAGUUUAUGUAAUACGAGCUGUCACUCAAGAAGAUGUCAAGAAAGGUGAUGUCAAAUCAGCCAGAUGGAAGUUUGAGACACAGCCUCUGGACUCCUUCAACUAUGAAGAUGAGCCUGCCAUCAGGGUCACUGAAGACUUUGAAAGCGGCAACGUGCAGCUGAACAAAAAGAUAUUUGAAUCUGACCAGUCCCAUAAGUUUGUGAGAAUGGUUAGUGUCACUGAUGUCCAGCGUGGUGAUGUCAGGACGUCCACCUGGCUCUUUGAGAAUCAGACCAUGGACAGUCUGAAAGGUGAGCCUCAGGAGCUGAGUCCAUUAAAGACAGUCCACAGGGAGGACAGCCAGAAGGGAGAUGUAAAACGCUGCACCUGGCUGUUUGAAUCGCAACCUCUGGACAAAAUCAAGGAGUCUAAAGAUAACUCAGUGCAAGGUGUUGAGGAGAUACCCCAAGCUGAUGUGAAGUGCACCACCUGGCUCUUUGAAACCACUCCACUGGACAAAAUCACUGUCAGCAGUGUGGCUGACACCUUGUCAUACCUGUAUGACAUGAAUUUUGUCCAAUCAAGUGGCAUCAUAAUAGAAGCAAAUGAAAGCAGGAACGUGAACAUGGUCAAAUAUCUGCUUGAGAGCGCUGAAGGUGUGCAAGUCCAGAAAGAGGACAUUGUUGGGGGCAACAUCAGGAACAUCAUGCUACAACUCCUGCUCACACCAAAGCUCAAACCACAAAUUACUCUCCUGAGGGAAACAGAAAAGGGCAAAGUUAACACUACGGUGGUCGAGCUUCCAGUCUUCGAGUCAACCGCCACUGUCAAUAUUGAGGGUGAUCAAAGAAUCAGAAACAUCGUCCAGAUGAUUGAAGAGUUGCUUGUUUACAAUAAGGAUCUGAAAAAGGGAAUCAUAAUGCAGGAGACUGGGGAGGGACAAGCAAAUAUGUCUGUUUAUUCACUUACCAGCAGUUAUGAAACAAAAUUUGAGAGCUGUGUGAAAGAGCGAGGAGAUGUGAAGUCUACAAUCGGAAAUCUCUUGGCCACUGCCAACAGCCAGAGGACCGCGACAUCAUGUAGAGUUGACGAAAAUGAGAAGGGAAAUGUGAACUUGUACAAAAGUUGCAUUGAAAAAGGAGAUCUGCAUUAUUUAAAGAGUCUUCAUGCUGAUACGUCCGAAUGUGAAGCUGAUCAGAACCUUGUGGAAAAGGAGCAACCUGAAACAGUUCAGGGGGGAGUGAAAGAAGCAAAGAGAAGCCUCUGCCAGCAAAAGGAACAGAUUGAGAGAACCGUUUGUGACGUGCUGCCGGGCAAUGUAAAGAACACCAAAAAGGUUUUCUCGUCAGAGUGCUUAGUAUGUGUUGAUAGCUGCGCACCAAAGGAAGAAAUCAUCCCUGGAGACAUUUUGUCAGCAAAACAACAGCUUGCUGUCAAGCAACCCGUCAUCGUUGACAAAGAGGAGAUCGUACCUGGGGACAUCAAGGCAACGUUGGAGUCAUUAGAGCGCGCAAAGCAGCAGAGUCUGUGCGUGGAGCGGGAGAUUAUUCAACCUGGAACUAUCUAUGAUAUGGACUUGUCAGAACAAGGUCUCGUAAAGGAAGGAAAUCAACCAGAAAAAGAGGUUAUUAUCUCUGGAGAUGUGAAAGCAGCCAAAAAGUCUCUUGAAAUGGCUAAACAGCAAAGCUUGCUGGUGGAGCGGGAAGUCAUUGUUCCUGGAAAGAUAUACAACUUGAACAUGGCAGCGCAAGAGGAUCGCUCUUCAACGCUGGCACAGUCCUCAUGUUCAUCUUCCUCUGGAUGCCAGCAAAUCAGGACUUAUCCAAAGGUCAGUGUUACAGAGAAGAAUCAAGAAAGCCAUAUCUUCUUUGAGACUUGUCAACAAAGUGCAGUCUUAGACAGUAAUUGUGCGCCACAUUCACUGCCAGCUUUUAUAGAUUGUGAUUUUAACCAUCAGACAGUUGAAGCCAAGGCAGAAGACGUUAUUAGAGGAGAUGUAAAGGCAGCUAUUAGGUCUCUGCAGAAUGCAGCAACAGAUCAGACGUUCACAGAUACAGAAAAUAUUGUGAGAGGUAAUGUGCAGUUGGCUCUGGAAUCUCUUGAGAAAUCUAGCGUAAAUGUCUCAAAAGGAGACUACAAAGGUGCCAUGAUAUAUAGGGGUUCAGGCAAGGCUUAUUCGGGGAGGAGCAAGGCUGUUCACAAUCAGGGUGUUGUGGUGUCUGUAUCUCCAUCUGACACAAAACUAUCUCCUUCAAUUUCAGUAACCUGUGAAGGACGGCCAACCAUCCUAACACAGAAUUCAACCCCCAAUCCUGUAGCAAAUGGAAAUUCUAAGUCAUGCAGCUUGGAAAGAGUCACUUCACCCCAUGAAAAAAAUGAAAAACCAAAGGAGCAGAAGCCAGCUUUACCACCAAAGCCACAGUGGAUGAAAUCUGUAGUUGUGGAAAGACCAAAUACCUCACCCGCUCCUGCUCUCAAAGUUUCCUGUCCUGUUGAAGACAACGCCAGUCCAGCGGUUCCUCCAAAGCAAAGCCAGCAGGUUCCUAUACACCUCACAAACAUACAACAAGAACAUGCAACUUAUGGGAAGUCAUGUAUCCCAAGCUUACAAGACACACACCACAAAAAAUGUUUUGAUGAUGCAUUGCAAGGUUCAAAUCCGACAAAAAAACAUCCAACCAUGAACUCAAAGGGAAAUGAGAAAAAAACAAAGCCAGCGGGAGAUGCAGUGCAGAAAUCCAACUGCCAUAUUAUAAUGUCAAACAGCAACAAAGUGGAAAUGGAGAGAAAUGUGAUCCAGAAGAUAAAUGCAGCCGAGGAGAUACAGAUGUGUUUGAAGAGUUAUGCAGAAGAUGGAAAACAAGAGAUGAACGUGAGUUUGCAUGCUGCUCUGCAAAACUUUGAAAGAAAAGACAGAGAGGCUGUGGACAGAAGACCCAUGCUAUCCAAGAAGGUCAAAGUCACACAUGUUGAUGUCUGUGACAACGGACAAAUUGACAAAACCAUUGCUGAACAACACAAAUGCCAUCCCCACCCUUCCAAGACCCUGCACAACACUACGGCUGACAGACCAGCUGCAGCAAACCAUCUGCAGCAAAAGUUCAAUCAAAAGAAGCAAGAAGUUGGAGACAAAGUUGUUCUAAGAGAGAAGAAAGUAAGGGAGACAGAGGAUGAAAGACGACAAAGGCUUUCUGUGCACAAGGAAGAGAUCAUGACAGGAAAUGUGAAGGCGGCAAUGGAAAUCUUUGACAAUUUAAGAAAGCGAGAGGAACUCAAAGGAAUCCUUUGUCAGGUUCAGGAGAUAGAAGGAGAGGCCACCAGAGUCGACCCUAGCUCCUUGAAGACUCUGUAUGAGCAUGUUCCUGACUGGAUGGACACAUCAAGUGGAAAUGUUAAGCAAAGGAAAAUGGAUGAAAAGAAAGUUGAAGUAGAAACUCAGGAGGAUGAUCUUGAAAGUAUCUCAUCAGUUGAGAUGGCAUUUGAAGAUCUGGAGAGGGCAAGCAAGGAGAUAAGGAAGCUUAAGGAUCAGACAUUAUCAAAACUGCUCGACAUUGAGGAAACAAUUAAGAAGGCUUUGUACUCUGUGUCCAAUCUCAAAUCUGAGGCUGACAUCGCAGGAUUGUCAGGGCUGUUUGACGAGUCUUUCAAAUCUGAGCAGGAUCUUCAACCUGCAGGCAACAUCAGGAAAAUCAGUAUUGGGUCUAACAAGUCGAAAUUAGGUUGCACUAAAGAGACCACCGAUGUGGAGCCAAGCCUCUCUAAGAAAGAAAACAAACAGGUGCACGGCAAGCCGCUUGUGAGACAGUCGUCCUCUCAGUCUUCCCCGUCUUCCCCGUCGUUCAUCUCCAUUCAGUCUGCAAGAAAGCCGGCAGAACCACCAAAGCAAGUCCUGUCCACAUUCAAACCAACAGCUGAAGACACUUCUCAAAGUUGCAAUGAUGCACAUCACGUAUCGGAGUCUGCUGCUACAGAACCUCCAAAAAUACCCCCCAGUCCAGCGCACGAGAUCAGUGUGCUCGAGGUAAAAGCUGUUCCAGAGCAACCCGCGGGAAUCAUCGGCACCAAGACGGUUAGAGAAACGUACGAGGAGAGCGAUGGAUUUGGUAAUGUAUUUGUUUCCUCCACGACUUCAACAAUCGUCACCAACAACCCUGAAAGCGAGGCACCUGCUCUGUUUGAAGUAGUCAGGAGUCCAACCAGAUACGAGGUCAUGGCAUCUCCUUUGAUGCAAAGAUCGAGACACGCUUUUGAAGAUAAAGCGUCGAGCAAAGCCAACGAAGAAGGGACAGUAUUUGUAACGUUUAGUAAACCAAAGUAAAAUCACUAAAAAUGCCACUGAGUGUGAUCACAGCCCUUUAACUUUAGGAAGAAACCUAUUCCACUUGUUUUUAUAUCCUAUUGUGUUUUAACGAAAGCUUUUUUGUUAGGUGUGAAUUGAUCUUAUAUUUAAAAUGUUACCUUUAAUUGCAAAACAUUUGUCUUAUAGAUUUUAUACUGUAACCACUUGAUAAAAGUGUUCACAUUAUGUAUUAAAGAUAAGCAUAUAGUUAACACUGUUUAAAUUGUUAAAUAAAAGCCGAGGUUGUAAAAAUGUA